AUGAGAUCGACAGCAAGAACGUUACAGAAGGCUUUGGAUAACCUUCAUAUCUCAGAGCAUUUGAGCUCUAUUAACAAACUGGAACCUGCUGGGUCAUGGGAACUCAUAUCGAAGUCUGGCUCUGUGGGGGUGGAAUCUUCUCUAGAGAGUAACUAUAAGUUCAGAAAUUUCGCCAAAACGUGGCAAUUCCUCAAUGGCGUUGCUCAAUUAGCUCACAGCCAAAAGCAUCAUCCCACAGUGACGACUACCUACAAUAAGGUGAAUCUCAGUAUCACGACCCACGAUGCUGGAAACCAGGUUACUCGAAAAGACCUAAAGCUUGCCCAACAAAUUCAGAAUUUGUACGUCGAGCAGGCGGAAAAAUCACCAGUGAAGGACAAGAAGACCUCAACUCUUCUUCAGGAUGCUCGGAGCAUGGUGGACCAGAAAAAAGCAGCAGAGGUCAUCGACAAAUUGACGAAACGCUAG